AUGCAAUCACUAUCCCGAGACUCAGAGUUAACAGAGCAGAAACUGAAGCGAAACUUUGGACCAGAGUUUGUUAAAGUGGCUGGUGACCCUGCGAUGCCUUUAGAUUUACCUGGCUCCAUUGUGAGCAAGAAAGGAAAAGCACAUUUAUUCCAGCGAGAGCUCAGUGUCAUCAUACCAAAUGGACAGUGUUUGGAAGUGAAGUGUGAUGUGAAAUCUAAGGGCGGUGAUGUCUUUGACAUGGUGGUGGCCUAUACUAAUCUUGUGGAGCAUUUCUAUUUUGGCCUUGCUUAUCUAAAAGAUAAGGAAUUCUUUUUUCUUGACCAUUUCACCAAACUCUACAAGGUGGCACCCAGUGGAUGGAAGGACCAAUCCAAAAAGAGAACGACAAUUGUGAACUUCACACUGUUCCUCCGAAUAAAGUUCUUCAUUGAAAACUUCAGUUUGAUUCAGCACAGCCUCACCCGACAUCAGUAUUAUCUACAACUGAGGAAAGACAUCCUUGAAGAGCGAUUGUACUGCAGUGAUGAGACAGCUCUGCUGCUUGCCUCCCUGGCUCUCCAGGCAGAGUACGGAGAUUACAUUUCUGAGGUGCAUGGCAAGAACUACUAUCGUGUUGAACAUUACAUUCCUCCCAGUGUGAUGGAGAAAAUGGCUUUGACUUGUAUAAAGGAAGAAUUACCUCGACUGCACUCCACGUACUUUAACUUGUCUGAAGAGGAGGCUGAGUUGGAAUUUCUGAAGGUAACACAGCAGCUUCCAGAGUACGGGGUCCUGUUCCAUCGGGUGGCACGGGAUAAAAAGGCCACAGGUGGGGAAGUUGUGCUCGGAAUCUGUGCCAAAGGGAUCAUUGUUUAUGAGGUGAAGAACAACAGCAGGAUCGCCAGUCUACGCUUCCAGUGGCGUGAAACCGAAAGAAUCACAUUUAACAGAAAGAAGUUUACUGUGCAAAGCAAUUCAGAUGGUAAGAAGCACACCUUUGUGACCGCAAACAGCAAAACCUGCAAAUACCUGAUCGAACUAUGCUCUGCUCAGCACAAGUUCCAGAUGCAGAUGAAUUCGAGGCAGCUUUAUCAAACCACCUUUCAAAAUGAAGAACACGUUUUUACCUCUGUAGCUUCAAAUGAGACACGAUAUGCACGGCGCAGGCGUUUCGAGGAGAUGCGCAAUAUUUCCCAUUCAGAGACCGUGUUGAGUCACCCUAAUGUGGACACCGCCUCGAUUGGAGCACUGAGCAAGUCCUGUGACAACCUCAUAGCAACCAUGGCUACCCCAGGAGGCACCAAUUACAUGUGGAGCAGAACAGCUGAUGUCCCUCAAUCUGAAAUUCUCACCUCCUCGAGAGAAAGGUGUCGAUACUUGGGUCUGCAGAAUGUGACUCCAGGUCAAAGUGAUGUGACUGGGGCAUCAGAAAACAAACUGGACACUGAGAUGACUAUACCUGAGAGGGAGAUUGUCUUUGUGACUUUGAAGAAAGAUUCCAAAGUUGGUUUUGGAUUUCAGAUUGUUGGAGGAGAGCGCACUGGGAAAUUAGACCUGGGGAUCUUUAUUACAUCAAUCACACCAGGAGGCCCAGCAGACAAAGAUGGACGUGUUAAAGAAGGAGGACGACUGAUCUCAGUGAACAAAGAGAGCCUGGAGGGGGUCACUUUCAGAACUGCAGCGGAGAUUCUACAGAAUGCCCCCGAUGAAGUAACACUCAUCAUCUCUCAGCCAAAAGACCCACACAAGACUACUUGGAAGGGCGCUGCAAAUUUAAGAAGUAAAGUCAGUAGCUCAGUGAGCUCACAGCACCGUCGGCAUGGUAACUCGUCUGCAAGAGAACAAGGCCUCAAUCAUGAAGUGUGUGCUCCUGAGGUGACUCCAGUGAUGGGUGGGCCAUCUGACCACAUUCAUUUUGUGAAAAAGAAGAUGCCACAGGAGUUGAAACCAGGUGACAGAUAUUCUGUGGAGCUGACCAAGAUAGAUGGAAGCCUUGGUGUCAGUGUCACAGGUGGUGUGAAUACCAGUGUGAAGAAUGGUGGAAUCUAUGUGAAGGCCAUUAUACCUGGAGGAGCUGCUGACUGUGAUGGUCACAUCAGGAAAGGUGACCGUUUGUGGGAAGUGGAUGGAGUCAGCUUGCAGGGCAUCACCCAUAAACAAGCGAUUGAGUGUUUGAAGAACACUGGUCAGGUGGUGCGGCUGGGGUUCGAAAGAGGACAGCAGGCAUCAGCUGGGACUCCCAGUUCUGAAGGCCACCAGGGACCCAUUCGCACUGACAGUCAGCACAGGAAACAAGAGGAAUAUCCCAACGAUUCCAUGGCAACCACCUUAUCGUCACCCAAAGACUACAGCUUCAUGACAGAUGGUAACACGUUCGAGGUGACAAUGAAGAAAAAUUCGGCAGGUUUGGGGUUCAGUUUCCUGCAGAUGUAUCCAGCGGACAGUGACCCAGGAGGGAGCUUGGUGAGGAUAAAGAGAUUGUUUCCAGGGCAACCAGCAGAGGAGACGGGCCAGAUUGAAAUCGGGGACGUCAUCUUGGCAGUUAAUCGAACCCCACUAAAGGGACUAUCCUAUCAGGAGGUACUCCAUCUGCUGCGAGGAGCUCCCCCUGAGGUCACAAUGCGCAUGUGCAGGCCAGCACCAGGAACCCUUCCUGAUAUAGACCCUAAUCUACUGACUCCAGUUUCUUCGCCAGUGAAAGAGUUGUCUGUGCUGAAUACAAUUGAUUCACAGCCGAUCCGAGGAUUUGAACCGGAUGAAGAUGAAGAGAAGCCCCGGGGAUUCCCUCAGCAGGACCACCCGUGGGAUUCGAGCGAUGAGGAGGGCAGUGGUGAAGUCAUUCAGGAAUCUACUGAGCAGCAUUUCCAAGAUAUACCACUUGACACACCGAACAUGGAAUUAAUCAGCGCUCUAGCUGAAGACCUGAGGCAGAACUGUUACUCGACCUGCGACUUAGAUGUUGCCGUGCCAAGCACAGAGAGUCUUCCGUGUUGUGUGGCUGAGGAAAGGGACUCCAUGUCACCGGUCUUCUUUUUCAAACCCGAAGUAUCUUCCCCGACACCACUGGACGAAGAAUAUCUGACCAUCAGCUCCACAUCGAACUCCUCACGGUGCGACAGCCCAGACUCUCAAUCACCUACCGUCGCUGUACCACAGCCUCACUUCUUGACACCUUUCCCCGAGCCUUCAGUCCCAGCAGAGAAAGACACUCUUGAUAAAACUGAAUGGGAGGAUCUGGAGGAGCUAGAUCCCGAAGUGGAGGCAGGAGCAAGGAAUGACGAAGAUGAGGAAGAAGUUCCAAACUUACCCAUAAUACGGGAAUAUGAAAUGUACGUAACCUUGAAGAAAAAUAAGAAGGGAAGCCUUGGUUUCACCAUAAUGCGUAGUAAACUGGACAACUGUUAUUACAUCCGUGAUGUCCUGGAUAAUCCUGCAAAGGCUGAUGGGAGACUAAGAGCAGGAGACAGGCUCAUAACGGUAAACGAUUUUGAUGUCACAAACAUAUCACAUGAGAAUGCCAUUAAUCUGCUCCAAGCUGCUCCUGUCAAAUUAACCAUCAUGGUAGGACGUGCUGCUCAGAAUCUACUUCCAGUUCUCCCCUUGGAAAAGAUCCCUGACAUCAUUCUAAAGAAAGGUCCAAAUGGACAGUUAGGUUUGAAGUUAACAGGGGGAAUAGGCAGUAAAUGGCAAGGCAUUUAUGUUCUGGAGGUUGUGCCGAAUUCCCCCGCCAGUUUGGAGGGAAGUCUGCAGCCGAGAGACAAGAUCCUUUAUAUCUGCGAUAUGUGCACCAUGGGUAUGACCCUGGAUGAUGCUGUGCGAGCGUGUGACACAGAGAACGGCAUUAUAAAAAUCAAGGCCCUGAGGGAUGGUAAACCAGUGAUGACUGAAGCACAGGAGCCUGGUAAGCCACUCUCCAGCCUCAGAGGUGUGAGCAGAAAGAAAGCUAAGAAAUGUUUAGCGCUAAAAGGCAAGUGCUUCACUGACCGUAAGCUGACAUCCAAAGCAGGACAAAGACAGCCUGAACGAGAGAAGCAGCAGACUCUGGAUGGCAAACAACCUGCAGAUUAUGUGCAGUCCCAAACUAAUUCCACUCUGCCUGCAGAAUCUGAGAACUCAAUAAUCCACAUUGAAUUGGAAAAACCAGCAAGCGGCGGUUUGGGCUUUGCACUGGUGGGUGGUGACAAUGGAACUGCUGCGCUAGUGAAGGCGAUUAGCCCGGGAAGUGUGGCAGAUCUGGAUGGGAGACUCAAAGUGCGAGACAGUCUGUUGCAGUCUUGUGACAAGUCCGUUUGGGAGGAUGAUCACCCGAAGGUCCGAGGCCGAAUGUCCCAGACUGCUGAAGCGUUCCCCGGCUGGGAGGAUGCUGAAAUGUCUUCACUGGGAAAACAUUCCUCUGGCAGCAGCAUUCCUGAAGGAAGCAGUCACUAUACAAAUGAUGAACAGCCUAUGGAACAAGUUCAAGAGAUACAGUUUUCACAGCACAAUCCACAAGCGUUUGAUUCUGAACACAUGAGUGAAGACCCUGGAGAUUCCUGGGAGAGCGCAGGGAACAAUGGCGUUCAUCCGGUGCCUACUCCUCAAGAGCGGAACGGGAAAGCCAACCUUGGUGUCGCACGAAGCCUCGUUUGCUCAGUGAACAGCAAUCAGAAUCACUCAGGGGGGAAGAGUGAAGACCAACGAAGAGAUGAAGUGGAGAAAUACGAUUCCGAUAGCUGGAGCAGUGAUGAGGAUCUGCCUCGUUCCUCCUGUAGAGUACCUGCUCCCCCUACAGGUAAGCCCAUGGUGUCAGAGGUCGAGUUGAUCAGCUGGCCUGUGGUGAAGACUCCAUUGGGCAGUAGGUACUCUGGGAUGAACCUCGAGACUCUCAUUGGAAACCUUCAUCAGCAGCUGGAACACCAGCAACCUCUUAAGGAGUUUAUGGCACUAGAGCAUCUGAAACCGAUUGAUGACUGUAGAGUGGGAAAAAGUCCAGAAAACAGAGAAAAAAACAGAUACAGAGACAUCCUGCCUUAUGAUAAAACCCGAGUUCGAGUCGGGGUCCACGGCUACAUCAAUGCAAGUUACAUUCGGAUGCCGAUUGGCUCUGAGGAGUAUGUGUACAUCGCCUGCCAGGGACCAUUACCAGGCACCACAAACGACUUCUGGCAAAUGAUCUGGGAAAACAAAGCUGGCAUCAUCGCGAUGAUGACCCGUGAACACGAGCGGGGGAAGGUCAAGUGUCACAGAUACUGGCCUGACAAAAUGUAUAAACCAAUGAGAGUGAACAAGUAUCAACUCAUUCUGGAAAAUCAACAGAUCCUGGAUUCCUUUGAAAUAAACGCCAUGAAGAUGACAGAUAGUGAGACCGGAGAAGUACAUUAUGUGAAACAUCUCCAAUUUGUUACAUGGCCUGACCACGGAACACCGAACUCGUCAGAGCAGCUUGUGCGGUUCAUUCUCUGUAUGAGGGAAGUGCAUCAUCAGGGACCGACUGUUGUCCAUUGCAGUGCUGGGAUCGGGAGAAGUGGGGUCCUAAUCUGCACCGAUGUACUGUUGAGCCUGAUUAACAAAGAACUCAGCUUUGACAUCAUGGACAUAGUGAGGAACAUGAGAAGACAACGCCAUGGCAUGAUCCAGACUAAGGAUCAGUACUUGUUCUGCUACAACAUUGUGUUGGAAAUUCUCGAGAGCAUUCAACGACUGAACCGACAACAAGAGAAGAACACGUUGUGA